AUGUUUUGGUGAAGGCAUUUGAUAAGAUAUAUGUGCAGCCUGCUAAGCAGAGAGCGAAAUUAACAUCAACUUGUAAUCAGGUGAUGUAAAGCACAUAGUUUAUGCCAGCACUAUAAUGAAAUCAUCUGUAAAGGUCCAGUCAGUGAAUGGCCUGUUGCCUGAAGAAAGUGGGGUGGGGACAGCCAAGGACAACACAUCAAGGCUCCUGCAUGAGAUAAACAAACUGUUUUUCAGCCUCUGGCUUCUCCUUUCAACAGUGCCAGAACGCACAAUCCUCCUGCAGGGGAUUUGUGGCACAGGCUCAUACCAUGGCCAUGUCUGCUUGUCUCCAUGGCGUAUCUUCAGUGCUAACCUCAUGGGAGAGUUCACUUGUAUUUUCAGGCUUGCUUCGCUGUGCACCAAAAUGACACAAAGCCCCAUUCAUGCCUGAGAGUGGCUCCAUUCAUGGACACUGAGUACUUGCCGGCAGAAUUCAUAAUUGUUCAGCGUCUUCCAUCUCCGAGGAUCACUGGCGGAAAUGACGCCACAGUCGGUUGUUUUAAGGAUGACAUAAAUAUUCAAAUUGAAGCAUGGGUCACUGUUUUGUUUGUUGUGGGUUUUGUGUUGCAUUAUGCAUGCUCGACAUUGUUUACUUCCCACAUUGACUGUAGGCUUAUCAGUGAUGUGAAACAAAGCAGGACUUUGGAGAAUAAGAUUGCAGUGUGAUUGUAAAAUUGAGAACUUGUGUUGCCCUCUGGAUGAGUAGGAGGGGUGGGUUACUAACUUCUGGUUUGUAGGUGAAUUGCUGCAGGAUUCAACUCAAAAGACAGGAACAGAAAUGUAUAGUGUAUUUUUCAUUCUGUGUUUACAUUUUAUUUUGAAUGUAGCUGUUUACUGUCGGUGAUUAUGGCCUGGGAACUGUUUUAUUAUGUGAUCAUGAUGCAUGAAGUAUCCGCCAGUUCUUCACAAAGUUAAGUAGUUCAUUUGACUUUAUUAUUUAAAAAACUGCUGGAUUUGUAUAAUAAAUAUUGUUUUGAAAGCUAGACGAGGCAGAUUUAAGUUUGAACAAUAAUGUUGAUUAUUAACUGUUAAAGUUACACAGACCUAUUGCAAUGCUAUUUCUGUUUGAAGAGUCAGGGCUGCAGGGUACUGAGAAUCAUCCAUGCUGGAGGCCAGAAGGGAAUGAGUACUUUGCUUGUGGACUGUGCAACAGGAUAGAGGCCUUCUGACACUGACAUGGAGGUGUCACUCAGUUUUGAAUCCUCUCUGUUGAAAAACUCAUUUGUUUAACAUAACCUUUGACCUUCCACCUUGUGAGGAAAGCCAAGGAAGCAAGGCUAAUGUGUCACCUUCCAUGUUAAAAGAGGAUGACUGGGGAUGCACUGUAUAUCUGUGGCCAAUAUAUUACUGGCUGAUCAGUAAGAAAAUUGAAAUAUUGUUACUGUAAUCAUGGAUUUUCAGCUGAUUACGUCUGACUGGUGCAUUGCUGCGGGCUAGGAACGGCACGUAAAGGUCCAGCGUGUAGGACUUAGUGGCAUCUCGCAGUGAGAUUGCAGAACUGAAACUUCUCCCAUGUGCCAACGUUGUAAGAGAACUAUGGUGGCCGAUGCAAAUAUGUGAAUGGCCCUAUCUAGAGCCAGUGUUUGAUUUGUCCAUUCUAGGCUACUGUAGAACAACUUUGUGGACUGCAUGGAAGCGGACCUGCUCCACAUGCAGUAGGGCCAGGUCGAUGGCUGUCAGUCAUGGCCCACUGAGCUCUACUUUGUAAUUUAGAAGCCCGCCCCUCCUCCUCGUCUGUCCAUUCUUCUGUCUGUCCACAAGCAGGUUUGUGGCCGCACUAAUUGCAUUCACUGGGUACUUCAAAAUGUACCCAUUCUUAUUUAUCUACCAGGUGAAGUGUAGGCUGUCAUCAUUUUCCACAAUCACUGAUCAAUAUCCGCUCACAUCCGCUGGGCUGACGGUGUGUUUUAAUCCCACAAUGACAUCAUCCAUCGUUGUGUUUCACUGUGGACAUCAUUGCACAGCAAUUCAGUAGACAUCACCCAGCCAUAAUCCGUAGGGCUCAUUUUAAGGUAACAAAAACACAACAAAUCUUAGUUUCAUGUGAUUAUAAAGCAAAAAAAACAUAGUUAUGAAUAUACUAAAUCAUAUACACUGGACCUUUAAAACCUGGUUCUUUGUGGGGAUUUGCAUAUCUGUCACAACAUACAGAUAAUUAUUUUUGUCAUUAUUGGCCCUGAAAUUCCAUAUAAGUGCAUCUCGUGGAUGACCAUCACCUGACCCAGAACGCAUGUGUUUAUCUCCAAGCAAAAGUGAUAUCAGGUGAUAUUUAUGUCAUGUCAGGAGGCAGGAAGCAGCCGUUAGGUAUAGAAUUAAAUGGAGAGUACCUGAAUCAAGCAACUUUUGCAUUUAUCUGUAUAUAUGCAUAGAAACUAUGACAUGACAUGUAUGUCUUUUACUAAUUAGCUUUUUAAACUGAAUAAACAACAACAUUUGUUUUCAUAACUGCAGAUACCUAAGAUACUUUUUCAUUUCUAGUGAGCUACUAGUCUCUGGAACAUUUCAGUACAGAGAUGUAUUAUUGUUAUUAUUAUUAUUGUUAUAAUACAUGUGUCUCAGUGGCGGAGUUUGUCGUACAGCAUCACAGGAAUGCUGCACAAUUAGUCCCUGUUGAAAGGGCGGAUACUGCAGGGUUUCAUGGUCACAGGGAGGAAGGAGGGCGAGGAGUACUGCUGCCCUCCCACAUCUGACCCAGAGGUUGUGCAAUAGCCUGCUCAUCAGACAAAUGGCUUUAAGCUGGAAACACAAAGAGAUACACAUGGCAGCUGCCGGGGCAGACUGAAGUCAUUUACUGGGCUUUUGUUGUGGCUGUUGUUUCUGAGAGGCUCACCUAAAACCAUGCAGCAUUUCAGGAAUGCCACCCUUUCUCAGAGUGUGUAUAGGUGUAGAAUGACAGUCAUGCUGCUGUAUUAAUAAUCUUUCUGCUGGCGAAAAUGAAGCCGUGAUGGGUUUGAGGAAGCCGACUGGUGCUCAGAUACAAAACAGACCUUCAUGCUUUUUAGGAACACAACUUUUGCCACAACAUGGCCGCGAGUCAGAAUAACUACUGGGGACAGCAUGACCUGUAUAGAGAGUGCUUUGGCCUGAGUGCCGACAUCGAACACAACCUGACGGAGCUUCAACAACAGCAAAUGGCCAAGGACUUUAACUGCAACAUCUCUCUCUCCCAGUCUCCUUUCUACUCUGAUACGUACCGCCUAGCGUCUGAUAACACACUGCGACCCCAUGAGGGAGACCAGGUGGUGCCUUCCUCCCAGAGACGCACAGUAUUUGGGGGCCACCAGAGAGAAGCCAAACCCCUGCCUCCUCUCCCUGACCCUGAGGAGCUCAUGUCAGAUGAGGCAGCAGACAGCGAGGUGGAGUUUUUCACCAGUGACCGGCGGCGCCUUUUGCCCAAAAGCUGCCCCAAGGCCAUGUGCAGGGGUGUGAACAGAGACUUUGGCCAAGUGAAUUACGCUUACCAGGAGAGUUCGUUGCGGGCUGGUGGCGCUGGGACUGACUCCAUUGCUUUCUCUUGGCCAGGCAGACAGGACAGACCAACAGGUAGAGGAAGUGGGUUUUGGGCACUAGCUCUCCAGAGAGAGGACCACCAGCGUGUGGUGUCACCAGUCGGGGAUAUGGUGUAUAGCAAACAACCAGACCAACACCAACCAUCCAGACUAAGGUUUCCCUCUUCAGGCCAGGCUUUCCAGCCUCCCGGCAUCACAACCUGCCCCACUGACAAGCCGCAAAUCCCUCCCCGUAUCCCCAUCCCACCAAAACCUCCUGCUCUCUUCAGGACUGUGAGUGCCAACGAGGAAGACAAGCCUCCGAAAAUUCCUCCAAGGGUCCCCUUGAUCCCACCCUGCCCACCACGUACCCCAAGCCCCAAAAGCCUUCCAAUAUAUAUCAACGGCGUGAUGCCUGCCACACAGAGUUUUGCUGCUAACCCAAAAUAUGUGAGUAAGGCAUUGCAGAGACAGCAGAGUGAAAGGGCGCCACCCGCAGCUCAGUUUUCUCCCUGCAUUGUUCCCAUUUUGAAGGACGGCAGACAGGCCAGUGCCACACACUAUAUCCUCCUGCCGCCGGGCCGACCAACGUACUCAGACAGACGAGAAAGACUUCGGAGUGAACCGACCAGAACGGGAAACAGCAGCAUCUGGCAGAACAGAUAGAAACUCUCGUUUAUGUCUCAAACUUGAUGAGUAAAAAACUGACUGACAUUAAUAACCAUGUGAUACACUGUUGCACACAGUGUGUGAAAACAUCUACAUGCUACAUUCACAUUUCUAAUGUUACUGUCAAUGACUGAUGUAUUUUAAGAUCACUUAUGUCACUCAACACUGUGAGGAUUUUGUCUGUUUUUAACUGAACAUUUUACCGGUCAGUAUUUUAGCGACGUGGAAAACAUCAUAACAUUCCAGUAUUUUUCACUAAUAGUGGAGAAAUAUUUUCACUUUGGUUUACUACAGUUAUCUCACAGGGAACAUGUCUCAUCACUCAUUAAUUUUUAAGUCUGACAGCCUUAUGUUCAUAUAAAUAAUCCUAUAUUCUUUACAAGAGAGUUAAAUAAUUACUGUAUG